CAACAACAAAGACUCACUCCUCUUCACCAAACACCCACAUCAUCAAUGGCCAUGGCCAUCCAAGCAAGUAUAAUCUCUGGUAAUGAAACUUCAAUUCUUCUCAAAAACGCCAUCAAUGGCCUUAAAAACCCCACAAAAACCCCAUAUACCUAUCUUAAACGCAUUCCUAUGAGAAUCCAAGCCACCCAAUCUGCACACUACCCUCAACUACAAGUCCAAGAAUCAACAAGCAAGCCACACAACAACAACCAAGUCCCCAAAUUCCAAUUCGAAGAGUACAUGAAAACAAAGGCCACAAACGUGAACAAGGCACUAGACGAGGCAGUCCCAUUACAAGACCCAAUAAAAAUCCACCAGGCAAUGAGGUACUCCCUCCUCGCCGGUGGCAAGCGAGUCCGGCCGAUCCUCUGCCUCGCCUCGUGCGAGCUCGUCGGAGGAGACGAAUCGCUGGCAGUCCCAAUCGCCUGCGCCGUCGAAAUGAUCCACACCAUGUCACUCAUCCACGACGACUUGCCAUGCAUGGACAACGACGAUCUCCGACGGGGCAAGCCCACCAGCCACAAGGUCUUCGGCGAAGAAACCGCAGUUCUAGCCGGUGACGCCCUCCUCUCCCUCGCAUUCGAGCACGUUGCGGCAAAAACCAUCGGUGUCUCACCAGACCGCGUGGUUCGAGCCAUUGCUGAAUUAGGUUCAGCAAUUGGGUCAGAAGGG